UUUCUACUUAUUCUACACUUUCAGCUCUCGAAGUCGGAGCAUUCGUGUUAAUUAUAAACUGUUAUAGCGUUCAAUUAGUUGCAAAUGAAGUUGAAAGUGUGGUAUUUGAAGAGAAGCGCGCGCAGGAAGCUGCUCAGCUGUAUUUCAGUUGGCUGAGUGCAGACCCUGCCCUGAUUGCCUUAUAUCCAUGUCUAUUGACGUGUAGAGAGCAGAUGGAGGCAUAGGGACUGAUCUGAUCUCUAGUCCUCAGAGGUCAUUCUCGCUACAGUUACAGCCACUUGUUGCCAAAUCGCUGAGACCGCGAGCGCGUCGCGAAACCGCUUUCAUAGAGAGCCAUUUCUUUGCUUUCACGACACGGAUCUAGAUGUUGAGACGGGAAUACAACCACUUCUGACUUUGUUUGGGGGGAAAAGGUCACUUUUGAGCAAAUUCGUCGCAUUUGACGGGAGAAGCAUGGUUGACAACACAAGCAUAGCAACUAAAUCGGCACUGCAAGCCGCUUUCUCGUCGGCGAGCACUCUUCCUCUGCUGGUCAGCUCCUCCAGCGCUCACAGUCAGUCGAGUGGCGGCGGCGGCGGGAUGAAGCUGGAGGCGGUCAUGGAGAACCUGCAGCGACAGCAGGCGGCUCGACUUGCCCUGGAGGAGAAGAUCCGCCAAGCCGAAAAAGAAAAAGACAUCAGGUCUAUGGUGGAGUCGCAGAUUCAUCAACAAGCUCUGGCUUUCCGCCACUAUCAAGCAGCUGUCAGGGGAGCGUUCGCUGCGGGAGCUCCGAACUCGAGCUCUGGCCACCCAAAUGAGCGCACAGCCAACUCCGACAUCAAUGAUGAUGAUGAUGAAGAUGAUGAUGAUGCUGACCUAGACUUGGACCGCGGCAUGGAUGACGAAGAGCGCGACUUGGAUGAAGAUGACAGUAUGAACGAGGGUGGAGGGGAUGAAGAUUUGGAAGGACCCCUAGUUCACUACCCAUCGCGCCAUGCUGUUUAUCCCGGUGCGGGGCAGUCUCCAAAAAGUACUCCGAUACAUCUAUCCAGAAUCCAGCCUCCCUAUCCAGGUCCAGGACAGGCUGAAUCACCGAGUGGUUUGGCACCACAAUCACAGCAGCACGAAUGGACUUACGAGGAGCAGUUCAAACAGUCAGGCCAAGGCAGCGGGCCAGGAAGGAAGCUGAAAGAUUCGAGUGUUGCUUUCGGUGGCGGUGGCUCUUCUUCUCUGAUUCAGGAGCUAUACGAACUGGACGAUGAUGAGAAAAGGAAGGAGUUUCUUGACGAUCUCUUCAGUUUCAUGCAAAAAAGAGGGACUCCAGUGAAUCGGAUUCCUAUCAUGGCCAAGCAGGUGUUGGAUCUCUACACUCUCUACAAGCUUGUCACCGAAAAAGGCGGCUUAGUGGAAGUCAUCAAUAAGAAAAUAUGGCGCGAGAUUACCAAAGGCCUAAACCUUCCUACCUCCAUCACCAGCGCGGCUUUCACCCUCCGAACACAGUAUAUGAAGUACCUCUAUCCUUAUGAAUGUGAAAAGCGGGGACUGAGCUCUCCCGGGGAACUUCAGGCAGCUAUCGACAGCAAUCGUCGGGAAGGGCGUAGACAGAGUUAUGGCUCAACCCUCUUCAAUUACUCCCCUGUGGGCACCCCCACAUUACUGUCUUCCCCAAAACUCCAGAUGCCCCACAUCAGCAUGCCCAAUGGCGGGCACAUGACUCAGACCUCUGUUAUCAAGAAUGAGGACUCAAUGCUGUCCAGCUGCCUGACUAACAGGGUGGGCAUCCCUGUGUCUUUGGCCAGCCACCACAGUGCGGCCCAGGCUGCAGCGGCUCAGGCUGCAGCUGCAGCAGCUGUACAGGCGGCCACGUUGGAGCAGCUACGGGAGAAGCUGGAGUCCGGAGAGCCACCGGAGAAGAAAGUGAUGCUCAUGGCAGAGGAGCAGCAGAGGAUAAUGCAGCAUGCUUUGCAGCAAAAUCUGUUCGCCAUGGCAACCCAGCUACCCAUGAACAUCAAACUGAACAACAGAGAUGAUAGACAAGAGACUGCAUUGAACCUGUCUACCAACGGCAUUAGCAGCAUCAACAUGUCAAUAGAAAUAAAUGGGGUUGUCUACACAGGGGUCUUGUUUGCCCGUAAGCCAGCCAUUGGUUUCAUGCCAGGCAGCCAGCGAGUCCAUCACCAACACAGCUCUCAGGGAAAGAGCAGCAGCCCAGGGCUCAGCACCCAGAUGCAGCCGUCCUCCUCCUCGUCCUCCACCGCCUCCUCACACGGACCAGCCACCUCCCCUUGAGCCCACAACACCUCUCUCGCUCAACUCUCCCCCGACAUCAGAUAAGGCAGGGUCUUUAGGUCAUACUGUUGGACCAGUUUUUUUGUCUCCUUCAAUGUACAAUGUACACUUUUUACUGUUUUUCUAACCCUCCCCCUGCAAUCAGGACAAGGAGUGUCCAUCACCGAAAAAACUUCCAUUCAAAUCAAAGGCUGAGCACCUAUAGCUGAUAGCCGCACAUUUGAAAUGUGUUACAUUUACAUAUGCAGCAAGUUGCAGCUUGUAAUUUUAUUCUUCUGAGGACGUGUUAUUCAUUGUGGAGUGACUAAAACGUAUUGCGUGACAAUGCCAUGAACACAAGGAGCGGUGUGACGCUCGAGGGGAUGGGAUGUUCCUCAGACUGAGCGCUGGCCUGCUUGAAUGUUGCAUCAAAGCAAGAUUCUUCCCUCUUCUACACAGAUCCUUCAUUUUUGGCACAGGAGUCCUUCCUCUUCAUCUUUACUCAUCGCAGUCUUGAAUUAAACAGCAAGAGCUAUUAUCAGCUAUUACCAAAGAGAAUAAGAGCAACCUAUUAGAUGAAUGCCGUUUUAUCACAACCAUCACACAUAUAUCAAAUGCCAUUGCAAACUAUCAGAAAAAAGCAAUGGAAAGUCACCAUAAUGAUUUUAAGCAAAGCACAUCCCAUUUAACUUGAAUACAAAUUGUCAGGGAGAAAAGUUAUUUACUGUAUCAAUGCUUAAGUUUAUGUUAGGAAAGAAAAAACAAUCUUUAAAUGGCCGUAUGUGGAAGAUCAGCCAUGUAUAGCUUGAUAUUGAAGAAAGCCGACAGGAUUAAGUCUACUUUAUUCUCUCAUGACUGGUUUUGGCCUGUGGCCGUGGCGAAAUAUAUUCUAUUGAUCAGUGAGUUAUUUGGGGAACACUUGUCGACAAUGUUUAAUGAUUUUCCACCACCUCAGCUUGGGUUUUAUAGCAAAGUGUUUUAAGUGUUUAUUAAAUGGUUUAGUAGAUGGAAAAACGGGUCACACUGGUUAAAUGCAGGUUUUAGGCAUGUGACUAUGAGCUGAACGUUGAUCAUAAAAAAUGUUUGAGUACUUAAACCAGAAAACAGAGGCUCUUUAGAAGCAGAUUAUGUGCCGUGAACAGGCUGGAUGUUGCUCAUCUUAGGCAUCAGUUGAGGUGGGAUCUCUGUUGUGAAUAGAAUCCAAUUUUCAUCAAGUUUUCAACAAUGCACUUGCAUUUGAGAGUUCACCUCUCGUCCUUUAUUCCGUUCUCCUUUUGUUUUUUGCUCACUUUUUUAUUUCUUUUUCUUCUCUUUUCUGUUGAUAAGGAAAUGGGAGGAUUUUAUUGUGUCAUUUUAUUUAGAAUUCAGUAGAAAACUUCGAGUUGUAUUUAUUACUUCCUUUCAUGUUUCAUCUUGGGCUGUUUCAGUGCUUUUGGCAACAUGACAUUUAUUUAAAGAAAAAAAAAGUCAUAUUACAGCCUAAUACCUCACAAAUCCUGCAAACCUGUACACAGAUAAUAGAUUAUGAAAACAAAAUAUACCUCAUUUAUUUAAUUUCUAUUAUUUUUAUUGUGAAGCCACUUGAAAAUUGAUGUGUUUUUUUUUUUCUCAACAAAUCACUGGAUUCUUUUUUUUUUCUAUUUUGUAUUGUUUUACCAAAGAAGGGAAAUAUAUAAUGAACACACAUCUACCUCAUUUGUUAUAGACUGUGCCAACAACAUAUUCACAGCAGCCAGUUUUUACUCAUAGCCUUUCUGGUCCAAAUUCGCUUUUGCCUGUGUGGAUUGUGCUGCAAAACCAGAGGCUGGACCACACUGGGCUCAACACAGCGUCAUUUGCUUUGCUUGUUCGUUCAUGUCAGUGGCAUUUUUUAUGCACGGAGGGAAAUAAAAAAAAAAAACAGAAGGAUUCUAUUUUAUGUACAACUGCUCAAAUCAAUUCAAACAUUGAUCUGACCGAGGUUCUUCUUUAUAGUAUGAAUUUGAAUAAGCUGCAACCUUUAGCAUUUAACUAAGUGUUUUAGUUCACGGUUUGCAGCAUUUCCAUUGAUGCCAGUGUUUUUGUCAUCAUUUCUGUUCACAACAUAAUGUGGCUUUCAAAAAAUAUAUAACCUAAUCUAAACCAAAACUAACUAAAAAAAAAAAAAAAAAAAUCCAUUAUUUUCUUUCACACUCUCUUUAUUUGAAUGUGGAGACAUGCUUAGAACAUGACUUAUUUUUACAAAUACCAAAGAUGUGACAAUGUUGUUGGGUUGACAAUUUUCAACCAAUACUGUCAUUCCCAACUUUGAAUCUCAAACAGCAGAAAAUGGUUUCAUUUGAUCCUGCUGUAGCAAAACUUGAUUUUAUCCUCUUGGAUCAAAAUGUUCUCAAACAAAAAAAAAAAAAAGCCAAGCUGUAUAUUCAAUUAGUCUCAGUGCACAAAUGGCAAUCUAAGAAUGUAAUAGCAGUUUCCAGAGUUUAGCACAACUAUCGAUUAAUGAAAACACCUGACCAUCAUUUUGUUGUUGGAUAGGUGCAAAGGAUUAAUGGAAAUAUAUAGUUUAUAUUUAUGUGGAAUUACAGAGGGCACAAUCAAUGCACAAUUGUCUGAUUCCUGUUGUUCAAUGUAAUUUACCUCUUGAUCAGCAUAUGAAGAGACUGCUCUUAUUUCUAGAGCAAAUCCUGGACGAACUCUGGAGUGCUUGCUGACUGUGAUGCAAAAACAUGAAUCAGAGUGAUUCCAUAACCAAAGCUUUUACGAAACCACGCUCACGGGCUUACUGAUGACGAACAUUUCUUCAUAAAAAGACUAUCAUUUUAAUAAAGGUUAAGAAAAAAUGAUUCACUCAUGUGCUUAAAGAAUAACAUGUUGUUUACCUUGUUUAGCUAUGUCAACGAUGCUAUGCUGGUAGAUUUUAGAUCCUAUUAUACGCUGUGUAUGAAGCUUAUUUUCCUUUUAUUCACUUUGGAUAAAUCCAGUGCAUUAUGGGAAAGCUGGAUUGUGGUGCUCAGGGGUUAAAAAAAGAAGAAAAAAAACUGGUGAAAGAUUUUUUUUGUUUUGUUUGUUUGUUUUGCCAUUGACUUGUAGCAUAAUUAGAAAUAAAGUACUGCUUUCCACUUGAA